AUGCAUUUAGGAAUCCCCAGAAGGUCGGACCUGAGACCUAAGGGAAAGAAUAAACCUUUACUACCAAUACCUUCUGCUUUGAGAAGUAGAUUCAAAGACUACAGCAACAAAAGAACUGCGAUCCAAGCAAUUUUAAUACUGAUAAUUGGUAACUACAUAGUGAACUGGUUGUUCUCUUCAUCAAAAGUUAAACACAAUUUCGGUCAUCUAACCAACCAGGAGGCACUUCAGACUCUACAAGAUAACCAUGGAAUUUAUAAAAACGAGAUCAGUGUGGGCUCAAAGUAUAUUUUCCCUCCAAUUGAACAUGCCCCUUUAUUGAGAGAAUUGACGUUGGACAGACUGUUCAAGAACAAAGUCAAUCCCGACAAUCCACAGGAAAAACUCUACUUUUAUUCUGAUGAUGAUGACUUGAACGAUUUCAAUGAGAUCAAGGACAAAUCGAGCUCUGAAGAUCCAUUAGACCAAUCUCUCAAAGCAUUCAAGGAACAUGGUCGUAAAGUGUUCAGACCUUCAAGUGGAAAGAAAUCUCCUGAAAUAGUGUUAGUGACAGGAGUAGACUUCGAGAAGUUUGAACAGAGCCACCUAACCAAGAUCGUCCAAAACAGAGUUGAUUACGCGCAUGCUAAUGGGUAUGGAUUAUAUGUCAGAUGGAUACAAGAAUUUACACCAACCCUGCAAGAAUACAAUAACGAAAGAAACUGGGCCAAGCUUUUCAUAUUACGAGCAGCCAUGCAUGCUUUUCCACAUGCAAAGUAUUUCUGGUACCUUGACCAAAAUGCAUUCAUUAUGAGACACGAUAUUGAAUUGUAUUCGUAUCUGUUGGAGCCGAAGUCUUUGGAACCAAUAAUGAUGCGUGAUCAACCAAUUGUUCUUCCAAAUGGUGCCAUCAAGACGUACAGAAAAGUUAAGGCAGAGGACAUGCAGAUUGUGAUCACACAAACCAAAGAUGGCAUCAACACCGACUCUUUCAUUGUCAAAAACGACAUCUACGGUAAAGGAGCAUUAGAGUUUUGGACAGAUCCUUUGUUACGGAAAUACUCAAGUUUCACCAGCGAUGAAAAGGAUGCAUUGACUCACAUACUACAAUGGCACCCAGUCAUUUUAAGCAAAACUACCAUUGUUCCUGGAAGAACGAUUUGUUCAUUACAUAGCUCCAAUGUGGCCGAAGAAGAAGAUGACACCUUAUUUUAUCAGGAGGAUGAUUUCGUUGUUAACUUCAAGGGUUGUGAUGUCCAUCAUACGUGCGAAUUGGUGUUGGACUCAUACUGGAAGAAACAACAGGGUACAAACUAA